AUGUCGAAACAGCCAGUUUCCAAUGUCAGAGCCAUCCAGGCAAAUAUCAAUAUCCCAAUGGGAGCCUUUCGGCCGGGAGCUGGGCAACCUCCUAGAAGAAAAGAAAGUUCUCCGGAAACAGAGGAGAGUGCUCCCCACACCUCGGAUGAGGAAAAGAAGCCAAUUCCAGGAGCAAAGAAACUUCCAGGACCUGCAGUCAACCUAUCGGAGAUCCAGAACAUUAAAAGUGAACUGAAAUAUGUCCCCAAAGCUGAACAGUAG